CAAAACCCCAAGGCCCAAGCCAUAUUUCUACACCUCCAUCUCCCACUUCCCCUCCCCCGUUCCCCAAUCUCUCCUCCACUCCCCCGUCUCCGCUCCUCCGUCACCACCUCGCCGCCGCCAACCCCGAACCGGAGGUCCCCAUCCCCCAGCCGCCAAUGGCCUCCCCGGCGCCGGCGCCACCCGCGGCCGCGGCGGCGCAGUCCCCUCCGCCGCGCAUCGGGCUCGCGGGCCUCGCUACCAUGGGCCAGAACCUCGCGCUCAACAUCGCCGAGAAGGGCUUCCCGAUCUCCGUCUACAACCGCUCGCCCGCCAAGGUGGACGCCACGGUCUCCCGCGCCGCGUCCGAGGGCGCGCUGCCCGUGCUGGGCCACCACGACCCGCGCGGGUUCGUGCUCUCCCUCGCGCGGCCCCGCACCGUCGUGCUCCUCGUCCAGGCGGGCCCCGCCGUCGACGCCACCAUUGCGGCCCUAACCCCCUACCUCGACGCGGGGGACGCCAUAGUCGACGGCGGGAACGAGUGGUACCAGAACACGGAGCGCCGCAUUGCGGAGGCCGAGGCGCAGGGGAUCCUGUACCUAGGGAUGGGCGUCUCGGGGGGCGAGGAGGGCGCACGGAACGGGCCCUCGCUCAUGCCCGGCGGCCACGUUGAGGCCUACAACAACAUCAGGGACAUCCUCGGGAAGGCGGCGGCGCAGACGGAGGACGGGGCGUGCGUCACGUUUGUUGGCCCCGGCGGCGCCGGUAACUUCGUCAAGAUGGUGCACAACGGGAUCGAGUACGGCGAUAUGCAGCUCAUCGCUGAGGCGUAUGACGUGCUCCGCCGGGUUGGUGGGCUGUCGAACUCGGAGAUUGCUGAUGUGUUUGCUGAGUGGAACAAGGGGGAGCUCGAAAGUUUCUUGGUUGAGAUCAGCGCGGACAUAUUCACCGUGACCGACCCGCUGGAUGGGAGCAGCGGCGGAGCUCUGGUUGACAAGAUUCUCGACAAGACUGGGAUGAAGGGGACUGGGAAGUGGACAGUGCAGCAGGCGGCAGAGCUUGCGGUGGCUGCACCCACGAUUGCAGCGUCCUUGGAUGGCAGGUACUUGUCAGGGUUGAAGGACGAGCGGGUUGCAGCCGCUGGGCUGCUGGAGGAGGAGGGUAUGCCGGCGGGGCUGUUGGAGACAGUUAACAUUGAUAAGAAGGUGCUGGUGGAUAGGGUGAGGCAGGCGCUUUAUGCGUCGAAGAUUUGCAGCUAUGCACAGGGCAUGAAUCUUAUUCGAGCUAAGAGUGUGGAGAAGGGAUGGAACCUUAACCUUGCUGAGCUUGCGAGGAUUUGGAAGGGCGGGUGCAUUAUCCGAGCAAGGUUUCUUGAUAGGAUCAAAAGGGCUUACGACAGGAACCCUGAGCUGGCCAAUUUGAUUGUGGACAGGGAGUUUGCAAGGGAGAUGGUGCAGCGGCAGAAUGCGUGGAGGUGGGUUGUCGCACGGGCAGUGGAGGCUGGCAUUAGCACUCCAGGAAUGUCUGCUAGCCUUUCGUACUUUGAUACCUACAGGUGCAGUAGGCUGCCUGCAAAUCUGAUCCAAGCACAGAGGGACCUGUUCGGAGCUCACACCUAUGAGCGCAUUGAUCGUCCAGGUUCAUUCCAUACGGAAUGGACCAAGCUGGCGGGAAGGGGCAAUGGUGGUGCCAUUUGAGGACUUGGAUGGUAUCAGCUAUGCUGUCAGUUACUCUGGGUGAUCUCUCUUUGUGGGUUCUUUUUUAUUUCACUAUUGUUGUCUUUAUGAUUCUAGGUCUGAGUUGUGUACUUUGAAUAAUGCUGUCUUUGUGCGGUUUGCACGUGAAGAACAUUGUGCACCUUCAGGUUUACUGAGGUCUAGGUACACCCAGUUUGAUACUCUUUAUUCUGGAAUGCAAUUGCUUAUAUGCCUGCCA